CAAACUCCUCUUUUUAUCGCUGUAUCAAAGUGUCCACAUCCACCCGCUUUCUUCAUUCUCUCUCUCCCACCUUUGCUUUCGCUCCUCCCUUUCCUCUUUCAUCUCUCUUCUUUCCUUUCUCAUACUUUCCUCCUUUAUUUUACUUUAUUUUUUAUUUCUUCUUCGUACAAUCGACCAUAAAAAUAUUUACUUUUCUCUCACGGUUUUGAUUUUGACAACGCGUAACUUCCCUUUACACAAGAACUAGCAGUAGCAAGUUUGUCCUGAUAACCUACAUUAUCUUGCUCAGCAUAGUACAACACUCAAAAUGGCUACUCAAAGAUCUUACUCAGAUAUAUUAGUUGCUAUAUCAAAACAGGGCACGGAGGUUGAACUGGAUUUAGGAGUACUCAAAUCACUUCUUGAAGGGCCAAUCAAGGAUAUAGAGCUCGGAAUGGAAGCUUUCAAGCCAUCCUCCACAACAGCUCGCUCUGGUAUGGCAACUGCCACGCGCUCGGACGGCAAAAAGUACACAGAGACUCAGAUCAACUUGGCGAAACGGCUAAGCGAUGCAGUUAAAUUGGAUGAGAUUCAAGCACUUAAGGUCAUUGAAGGGAUUUCUACAGUGACAGGAGCAGAUAUCCCAGAGACUAUUACGGAGGAGCAUGUCUUAGAGGCUAUUUCAGAAUAUUGGAAGGAACGUACAUCUCUGGUAGCAACCUUGGGAUUGAUUGCUAACCUGGCCAAACAACAUACGUAUGCAAUCUUAUCUAUUGCAGCGGUUGACAGGCUCCUGUCUCAGAGUGUUGUAGUAAUCAAAAGGUUGCUUCAGCAAUAUGCAACUAAAGUCACUGAGAUAGUACCAGAGUACUUCACCGCCAACACAGAAUACUUUGAUCUCUGGAUUGCUCAAUCCUUAACAGAGCAAUGCACAUUACUAGAAGCUAUGAUUGCCCUCGCAUAUGCAGGAAAAGACCCCAAGACCGAUCUCCCAGCAGCUGUCCUCACAACUCUCUUGAAGACUCAGUUCGGAAAGCAGCAAAAUAACAAGGGAAGGUUCAGGCUUGAGGCAGUUGAUCUGUGGGAUGAUGUGUGCCUCCUAUGCGUUAUUUUAUCAGUUGUAUCACUCGACCUCGAGAAUUUAUUCAACAUGUCUAUCGAAGAAUCGCUCGAUUCUGGCAGCCAUACAUUCCAGUCGGAUAUUCAGGUUGAAGCUAUUAACAAAGCUCUUCAAGCAGCAGAACGACAGCAGGAACUAGGACCUUUUAUUUUAGGCUGGUCCAGCGUCCUCUCAGCACGUAUCGUCGCACAACAAAACAGCGCCAAUAGGAGCAGUCAAGCAGAGACAACUCGGUUGGCGGCACAACUCACAUUUAUUAGCAUAGACACACUCAAGGUAUUUCAGUAUCUUCAUGAGCUGUUUUCCAACGACUAUUUUGGCAAGGCUUCGGAGGAACGGCCAACAUAUAAGCGGAUAUUCUUCUUACUCAUUGAGCUCUUCCUUCUUGAUCAUCAACCCAAUAUGAUCAAAGAUUUUGAGGGGCUGGUAACUUGCCUGACAGACUUGCUUACAGAUGAAGAACAGCUAUGUACAGGUGUUUGGGAAGUCUCACCGUUGUUGGGACGAGGGACUCGAGAGGUUUUGGAAACAACUCGUGGCCGUUUUCCAAUCCGGUUUGAACCUAUGAUGCAGCUUUUAAGCGCCCUUGCCUCUGGAGAUGAGGUAUCCGCAAAACAUGUCGUUCAUUAUUUCCACAACCUCCCAACGCUGUCUAAUCUCGUACCACUCUCGUCACCGUCGAUUGAAGUUGAUGCUCAUCCAGAUACAGGAGCAACAAUCAUCAGAGCCAUACAAUCAAUCCCUCUUGGGAUCGCUCCUGACCGACCUUUCACGAUGAUCCCUGCGAAGACGCAGGGAAGCUUGAUUUCCGCUGAAAAUAAAGCGCAUGUAGUACAAUGGAGACACGAAAGCUCUGGAUGGAAUCUGUGCUUCAUUAUGCUUGAUGCUUUCCGUCAAGCCAAUAUUCAAGACUAUUCUUCAGAAUCUAGCGUUGAAUUAUCGCAUCUCAAAGCGAUCCUGGAUCUGUUUCAGUCUGUUUUUCGCCAUCGCACAGUGACGGCAGAAUUGAUUAACUUCUUCAUCGAGGGUGAAUUCAAGAUCUCGCCAAUUCCCACCUUAUUUGCCAUUCUCGACCAGUGCUCAAGAUUCCAAAAUCCGCCCCUAGACGUCAUUGGCUCUUGUCUAAGAUGCUUCACCUGGUUGAGCGAGACCUUUUCACAGGAUAUUUGGCUGUAUCUGAGGCAAGCAUCGUUUUUGCCAUCUGUCAUCACUACAACAGUUCAAUUUACGGGACUGAGUCGGAUCCAGACCAGCGGAUUGGCUCAUAAUAUCCUUGCGAGGUUCGAAUGUAUUCAGGGCGACUACUCUGUAACAUUGGCGUUCCUGGGCCUCGUUCAGAAGCUGAUAUUCAAUGCUCAAGCAAUGGAGCUGUGGGACUCAAAGGAGCUUCGCUGCCUCAAAGCUGAGGUCCUUUAUCCAUGUCUGGUUUAUUUCCUGAACGAUAUUUUCAUCAACUAUGAGAGCUGGUACUUCAAAAACAUCAAGAAUCGAUUCAUCAUCGCAUCAACAAUCCUUGAAAUUUUCAACCAAGCUCUAAACGACUUGCCAUUGCUUGACGGAUCAGAUGCUGUUGCAGAUUAUAUUGGCCUCAACACUUUGCAAAACUAUAUUAUCAAUAGCUUUUUAUAUGAUGGUGGCAAACAGCUUACACUUCCCUUGGUUUCCAUCAUCGGUACAGGUCCCGAUUUGUCUGCCUUUUUCUCAAAAUACCUUCGCAUUGAAGAAAGGGCUGAGGUUUGGAAUAUGGUCAUGCAAGGCUUAUCGCUAGUCAAGAGCUUACUCCGUUACCGCAAAAUCAAAGGGGGUCAACCGUCUUUCUUGGAGGUGUAUAUGAUUGAUCGCACUGUUGGUCGCAGCAAUGCAUCACUGAUUCAGAUUCUAGCUUCAUACUCGAACUUUAAUUGUGGCGAGGGAGUGGCAUUAGUGUCGACAGAUGUGUUAACGUUGCUGUGCUCGUUGACUUUUGAGUGGCAGACAAGACCAUCCUUUGUGGGAUACCUUGGAGAGACUGAUCAAGCCCGACAGCUGGUCCUGACAUUGGUCAAGAAGUUGAAUGACGACAAUCAAUCGCCUGACUAUCGUAUUGCUCUUUGGAGCUUCAUCUCCAUUACCUUGACGACACAGCCGGGACUGGCCAUCUUAUUUUUGUCAAACGACCGUGUAGACUCUUCUGCAGCAAUCCCGGAGAGUCAAUUCAAAGAGGCUGCAAAGAAUGCUGUUUUAGUAAAGGCCCUUGGUAUCCUUCAUGAUUUCAGGGUAGUUUUGAACAAGGAGCCCGAAGUAUUGCCUCACGUACUUCACUUCCUGGAUGUUUUAUGGCAGAACGCCAAAGAUCAUGCUGUUUUGAUCAAAAGUCUGCAAGAGAAUGAAGCCUUUUGGAAAGAUCUCGAAGGGAUCUUGGGACGCCCUGAUGCCCACACUGAUCUGGAGCUUGCAGAUUGGGACAGGGCACCUUCCCAGUAUGGUGGAGACCUUGUUGAGCAAGUGAUUAGGAUUUCAGCCGCCAGUGCCGACCAACGCUCAAGGGGCCAUGCCCUACGCAUCUUUGCGCUUGCGAUCCAUUUCCACUAUGCUACAUCGGGCGUUACAAGCAGAGACUUGGAAUCUCUGCCUACGAGCGUCAAAGAGUUCAUCAAAAUAAGUGUCAAUCAGGGACGAUUUUCAGAAUGGAACAAAACUAUACCCAUCAUUCAUUAUCAUUUCCAGCGUCACCGAGAACUCAAACAGAUGAGCCAUGAGCUACUUUCGCCCUUUAAUUAUCUCAGACUGGGAGUCAGAAGGUGGGACGAGACAUAUGAUACGGACCAUUUACCAGGAGAGUCUUUCAUGCUUGAUUUGGCGAAAGCGAAGUUCAAACUAGAAUGGGGCGGACACGAAAAAGAACGAUUGUUUUUGCGGUCUAUCUUGUAUGUUAAUUUCAAUUGGUCUAUAGUUCAUUCUGAGAUUCAACAACUUUCUGCGUGGCGCUUUUUUGUCGAAGUGGUCUCUAGCAAUCUGGGUAUGUCGGUCUGGACAAACAAAUCAAACACCGCUCCUGGUUCAGGCACAUAUUAUCAGUUUGCGCUCUGUUUGCUAGAGCAUAUUGGACGCGAUACGCAUGGUAGUCUUGUUUUACGAAUGGCGCGCCAGGACUGCUGUCAGCUUCUACAGUCUGUGAUCGAAAACUCUACAGCUGCAAAACGUUCCGACAAGAAGAAUUUGGCUACUUAUUUCCCACAAAUUGUCACGAGGUUGCAAAAAUUGAUUCAGAACCCUGACAUGGAUGUGCUGGAGACAAUCCAGAGUUCUGUUGAAGGACAGUCGGCACAUCGGCCUCUACUGUUAACACUGCUCUUCUGUUACCGAGCUUUGCAUGACAAAGAGGUCUUGGUCAGCUUGGAUUCUGCGGAUCGAGAAAGCGUUCAAAAAUCUGCUAUCUUGCUCCUACCAUUGAUCGCCAACUGUUUUAGUGCAGUAGUAGAAAGUCAUCUUUUGGGACAAUACGACCUUUCAAAUACUAUUGUGGUCUUGCUUGCCCUAUUGGAAGAGCUAUGCCAUCCAGUCUGGAACCCUCAUCCGGCUCUUUGGAUCCCCAUUUUACGGAACGCUGACGUCUUCCGGUUCAACCUUCAGCUCUUCGCAAGGAGUGUUUCCUCUGGUGAAUAUGACAGUCGUCCAUCCUUCUUUGAGAGCAGUCUUAAUUUUGUUCUUGCGCUAGCCAAUGUUCCGGAGAUGGGAGCUUACCUAUGUGACGCUGGAGUGAUGUCUAUGCUGACACACAAUGGUCUGACACCACUGAUCCAGCGAGGUGAGAUCGCACAUCUAGAUGAACUUCAUGGUGAUCGAGGAAAUUGGCACCACGCUUGGUGUAUGAUGUUGGCAACGGUCACGGGUCUAUUGCGUUCAAUGGGAUCUAGUGAUGCAUUUUUGCAAUCGCUUAUUGGGUUUAUUCAGUUAUAUGGAAACCAAAUCAGCAAGGGCCUAGAUACAUCGACUGAUGGGUCGCUCACAAGUGCCAAACUCGAAGAAAUGGAGCGGAUUACGAUGCUGUUUUACGAAUUAUCAAAGCACGAUGCGCGUCUUGAGUCAUGGGGAGGAGAUGUCCUCAAGGCAUUCUUCGAUCGAUCCCUGUUUAUUUUACAACAUGCAGUCCACUUAUUCACACAUCCGAAUACACUGGCAUCUGUGAUUGUGCCAAUCACCAGAGAAGAGCACAAGGACAAGGAGGCCGGGGGCUCUGCACUGUCGACAUUGGUUGAAGGCAAGCUUGCGGCAGUAGUUAGGAAUAUACUUUCGGCUAUCUUGACGUGGACAGAUCCCGCUGUGAUCCUGACAAAGUCCAAUUUGGAAUGGCCAAUCCGGAAGACAACAAUUGCGCCAAUUACCAACACACCUGUGUAUGAGCCUGCAUCGAUUGGUACCAUGUUUGAUUUGGUACAAUAUGCAAUCACCUCGCUAAAGGAAUGGGAGGCUCGAUUGGAAGGCAAGACAGGAGGCAGCGCCGGAUUGUUCAAGGAUUCAGCAGACGAUGAUGGUCUAAAGAGCACAAACAAAUCCUCCUCGAGUAGUGGAGCGGCCAGCUCGAAGACAUCUUCCAAAUUGGCAUGCUUUGGAGACCUCUCGACGAUAUCUCCUCCAGCACCUACUGUAACGACUGCUAGCUCUGCAUUAACAGCAACGAAAACGAGCGCAUCAUCACCACCUAUCCCUACAGCUUCUUUGACGGGAGGCACCAAUAUAACCUCUGUCAGCUCCAAAUCAGAUCAAUCCGCAUUUGCAACGCUCUCCACAAUCACCGGGUCAUCAGGCCGUAUGAUUUCAUUACUGGAGGACGCACUUGUGGUGAUUGCAACACAAUUAGGGUUAUACAUGUAUCAUCCACAAUUGGAUAUGGCGGUGAGACGCGAUAUUCAGGAUCAGUGUCUGGAUUUGGUCUCGACCUUGAAUUCAACACAGCGCAUGCUGCAGCGGUUUGAAAACGUGCCUCUCGCGGUGGUGAAGGAGAAUGAAGAAGCCUAUACACAGCUGCGAUCACUGCGGGACAUCAUGAUCCCGAUCAUCAAGAACUUUGCGGAAACCAAGAUCAUCGUUCAAUAAAAGUGGAGAAUUAAAAAAGAGCGUGCAUCAUAUUUGAUGGUAUGAAGAGUUGGGGAAAAGCAGAUGGUGAGG